GGCGCGGCCUGGGUCUUGUCUGUGCGCUCGGCUGUGUGGGCGUUCAUUCCGAGCAGACGUACGCAGAGACAAGUUAUACCGACCGCGCGAUCGUUACCGAAUCUAUUGUAAUAAGAUGAUGAACCCUGCGACCAUUCGGAAACCCGCCAGCAUUAUGCCCUUCCUGUACUCCGCCGGCGGCCUGCUUCCUAAGGACGGACAGGUGGUACCGUAUACCGAGCAGCCGGAGAAGGAGGGCUGGGAGCGGCGGCUGCAGCUGCAGGGGUAUAACACGGACGGCUCGUUACCGUCAUCACAGUCUGAACUGGACGAGGAUGAGGACAUGGAGUCUGUCUCCCGGGGAUCCACCUCUCCUCCGCUCACCCCCAACUCCUCGUGCGCCCCCGACCCCCUCGUGGUGGAGACCCGCGCGCUGCUGAACACUAUGUACAAGGAAUGGGCCGGAGACAAGAAGGUGGACGGCGACAGCCCGAAGGCCCUGCCCACGCUACGGAGACUAGGGAGCGAGCUCAACGACAAGCACCGGAUGGCCUUCCAAGGUAUGUUACAGAAGUUGUCUAUACAACGUCAUGAAGACAUCCAGAAACUUUCUGAAGUUCCAUCUAUGGUCUUUAGUGAUGGGAUUACGAACUGGGGCCGUAUUGUUACCCUCAUAAGCUUUGGUGCUUUUGUCGCAAAACAUUUGAAAAGCAUACACAUGGAAAACUGUAUUGGCCCGCUAGCGGACAGCUUCACCGAUUAUCUCAUGACCCACAAAAGACAGUGGAUAAUAGAUCACAAUGGCUGGGAUGGCUGUGUUGAAUUCUUCCACGUUGAGGACUAUGAAAGUGGUCUAAGAACUGUGUUGAUGGCCUUUGCUGGUGUUGCUGGUCUUGGAGCAAGUCUGGCUUAUAUGAUCCGGUGAACGUCCAUUUGUUUUUAAGAACGUUCUUAAUGAUUAAACACAAAAUUUUCAUUUGUGUUUCCGGACUCAACCUGGCAAAAGUUGGGUCAAGUCGUCAGAACUGAACAUCGGCCCUCACCUGCCAUUCAAGAUCGUCCGAGGGCCAUAACAAGGAGAAGCUUGGGCUUGCGGAUAUGCCGCAGAAGUAAAGGUUGUUUUCCUUUUUUUUUUUCUUUUUUUGACAUUGACAAAGACAAUGUGUAAAUCCUUUAUUUUUUUCCAAUAAAUUAAUAUAUUUUCACAAAAGGUGUGAAAAUUGUCUUAAAUAAGUAGUACCAGUUGGCUUUUAACACCAAUGGUGCCCAAAUGGUAAAGCCUCGAACUGGCACCAGUAGCGUUGAGACCCAAUAACCAGUACUUACACUCCAUAUUUUACCCCCUCAUAUAGUUAGGGUGUAAAUAAAUGUAAAAAAAAAAAAGCUUUUUGUAAAUAUUGUACAAAUGUAUAAUCAGAAAUAAUGUACAGUAACUCUUAUACAAAACAAAGCACAAAAAAAACUAAAAAAAUAAAUAAAAUAUAUAACAAAACAAAAAAACUUGGCCAAAUCAGAACGGGAAUAGAACCUGUUGCUUUCAUGUUGAGAAUAAUGCACUUUGGAGUUUUGUUUCUGUGUUGAACUUUAGAUUGUUUAAAGUUAGACCUCAGAACCCUUCGGAAAUGGGGGGGGGGGGGGGGAGGGAGAAGAGUUUCAAAAAAACUGAAUCUUGAUUUUCUUUCAAUGUUUAAAGGGUCAGGGACUGUGACAGAGUGAUGAUUGACAAUCAUUCUGAACUCCCACCCGCUCAAUCUUUAGGCAGUUUGUGAGCAAAGUGACUCCCUUUUGUUGGACAAAGAUCUGCCCUUUAGUCUCCCUAUGACCAAUAACUUGCCGCAGGUUGUAGAGUGGCAAAAAAGUGCAGGAAGCUCACAAACAUUUAUUUUAAACCACUUCCUUACAAAUCUGACUUUAGUAUUUUCUAUCCUCAUCUUUUUUGUUUUUUCCUCCAAAUAAAUAAUUUACUACUUGGGUUACAUUAACCCUAGGUGUUUUUUUUUUUUUUUUUUUUUUUUAAUUUGUUCAAAUAAUGCACCUGUUAAACAUGGAUUCAAUGUUCGGCCAUAGUUAACACGGCACAUGGUGCUACA